AUGGCGCAACGCACUUUUUCGCCGCUGACGAUAGUCCUCGGCUGCGUCUUCUUCUUUUCCGCACACGUCUUUGCGGUCUCCGCUGUCCUCGGUGUCGACCUCGGCACUGAGUACAUCAAGGCCGCCCUCGUCAAGCCCGGUAUUCCUCUCGACAUCGUCCUGACCAAGGACUCCCGCCGCAAGGAAAUCUCGGCCGUCACCUUCAAGCCUCUUCAGAGCGGCCCCAAGGCCGGAGCCUACCCCGAGAGACUCUACGGCUCCGACGCCAUCGCGCUCUCGGCCCGUUUCCCCCACGAUGUCUACCCCAACCUGAAGACUCUCCUGGGUCUCUCCGUCGACGACCCGAUUGUCCAAGAAUACGCUGCCCGACACCCUGCGCUGCAGCUCGAGAAGAACAAGGAACGUGGUACUGCUGCUUUCAAGAGCAAGGUCUUCACCGAGGAGGAAGAGGCAUGGUUGGUUGAGGAGCUUCUGGCCAUGGAGCUGCAGAGCAUCCAGAAGAACGCCGAGACUACUGCUGGUUCUAGAACCUCUGUCCGCUCCAUCGUCCUGACUAUCCCUCCCUACUUCACCAUCGAGGAGAAGCGCGCCAUUCAGACCGCCGCUGAACUCGCUGGUCUCAAGGUCCUUAGCCUCAUCAGCGACGGUCUUGCAGUUGGUCUCAACUACGCCACCUCUCGCCAGUUCCCCAACAUCAACGAGGGAGGAGCUGCCGAGCACCAUCUGGUCUUCGACAUGGGCGCUGGCUCUACCAAGGCCACCGUCAUGAAGUUCCAAGGUCGCACCGUGAAGGAUAUUGGCAAGUCCAACAAGACCGUCCAGGAGGUCGCCGUCAUCGGCUCUGGCUGGGACAGGACUCUGGGCGGUGACGCGCUCAACUACCUCAUUGUCGACGACAUGGUCGCCCAGUUCGUCGAGUCCAAGGGCGCCAAGAAGAUCUCUGCCGACGCCGACAAGGUCAAGGCCCACGGCCGUGCCAUCGCGAAGCUGACCAAGGAGGCGGAGCGCUUGCGUCACGUCCUCAGCGCCAACCAGCAAGCCAGCGCCAGCUUCGAGGGUCUGUAUGAGGACGUCGACUUCAAGUACAAGCUUACCCGCGCCGACUUUGAGAAGAUGGCCGAGGGCCACGCCGCUCGUGUCGACGCUGUUAUCCUGAACGCCCUCAAGGCGGCCCAGCUUGAGCUCUCCGACCUGACCUCCGUCAUCCUUCACGGCGGUGCUUCUCGCACUCCCUUCGUCCAGAAGCAGUUGGAGCAGGUUGUCGGCGCCGCUGACAAGCUCCGCAGCAACGUCAACUCGGAUGAGGCCGCCGUCUUUGGUGCGGCUUUCCGCGCCGCCGAGCUCAGCCCCAGCUUCCGUGUCAAGGAGAUUCGCAUCUCCGAUGGCGCCAACUACCCUUCUGGUAUGAAGUGGACUAACAACAAGAACAAGGUCCAGCACCAGCGUUUGUGGUCCGCCAUCUCCCCCCUGGGUGGUGCUCCCAAGGAGGUCACUUUCAACAACCAUGAGGACUUCGAUGUCACCUUCUACCAGCAGAUCGGCUCCGCUGAGCAGGACACCAAGAUCCUGACCACCAAAAACCUCACUGCCUCCGUCGCAGAGCUCAAGGAGAAGUACUCAUGCGCCGACAGCGAUAUUCACUUCAAGGUCGGUGUCAAGCUGAGUGCCGAGAACGGCGAGGUCGAGGUGACCAAGGUUAGUGUCGAGUGCGAGGCCGAGGCUCCUGAGAAGGAGGGCUUCGUCGAUGGAGUCAAGAACCUGUUCGGUUUCGGCAAGAAGGACCAGAAGCCUCUCGACGGUGAGGAGGACGCCGAGUCGUCAACCGACGCAUCCCAGUCUUCUGCUUCGACCACGGCUUCUACCGAGACCGAGACGACCUCCGCCUCGUCGUCACCCGUUCCCAGUGACGCUGCUGCCGAUGACAAGGAGCCCGCCAAGAAGAAGGAGCUCGUCACCAUCAACGUCGACUUCACUCUCGAGAAGGCCGGUCGCCCAGAGCUGUCUCGCGAGGAGCUCAUCAAGUCCAAGGACCGUCUCAGUGCCUUCGAGGCGUCCGACAAGGCCCGCCGCCUGAGAGAGGAGGCCCUCAACCAGCUCGAAGGCUUCACCUACAAGGUCCGCGACCUCCUCGAGAACGAAGCCUUCAUCGCUGCCUCCACCCCCGAGGAGCGUGCCACACUGGAGAAGAAGAACAACGAGGCGAGCGACUGGCUCUACGAGCAGGGCGCUGACGCGACCCGCGACGACCUCAAGAAGAGGUACAAGGAGCUCAACGACCCCGUCACCAAGAUCCAAAAGAGAAGUGAGGAGGCAGGAAAGCGCCCCGAGCUUGUCAAGGCUCUGAAGGAUGCCCUCAACUCGACUCAAUCCUUCGUCAGCACCAUCCAGAAGCAGCUUGACGAGUACGACGCGUGGCAGGCAUCCGCAUCCGCGCAAGCCUCCACAGAGACUCCUUCGGCGACCCCUCCGAGCGACUUUGACGACCUAGAGGACGACGAUGGCAGCAAGGAGCGCACGAUGGACGACGUCGUCAAGGAAAAGGGCCCCGUCCCGCCGCUGUACAAGCGCGAGGACGUCGAGGUGGUCGAGGAAGUACGCUCUCCCCCGACGGCGGACCCCGUCCUCCUCGUCAAGGACCUCCAGGCCAAGCGCGACAAGCUGGACAAGGUCGGCAUGGACCUCGCCAUGAAGGGCGUCAAGAACUUUGAGGGCAAGACCAAGAAGGCCAGCAAGAGCGCAAAGUCCAAGAAGACCAAGUCCACCGCCACGGCGUCCACCUCGUCGACCGCUUCUGCCUCUGCCAAGGAUGCCAAGAAGGAGAAAUCCACGACCACUGUCCCUUCCAAGAGCACGACCGCCGAGCCUGCCGGCCGGACUGUUGAGCUCCCCGACGGCGGGAGCUACGUCGAAUUCGGCCGCAACGGCGACGAUACCCCGAGCGAGGCCGAGAUUGAGGAGAUGAUUAGGAAGUUCUCGCAGUCGCAGCAGGGCCAGGGCCAGGAGGAUGCGCCGGAGCACGAUGAGCUUUGA